AUGUCGGUCGAUUCGGAUGAUGGCGCCGAUUCCUCGGGAGCCAACUCGCCCAGAAACACGUCUCGCGCAUCGAGAGCCAGCAAUGUCAACUCCAGGACAGCCAAAGCAAGCCCCGCCCACAAGACUAAAGUGACGCAUACUAUCGACCGAACCCCAGAGUACGAAGAGUUCAUCGCGAAGCUUAGAGCAUACCACAAACAGCGUGGAACCUCAUUCGAACCUGAGCCAUGGGUCGGAAGCGCACAUCUCGACCUGCUCAAGGUCUUCAAACACGUCGUGGCGGCUGGUGGUUAUGAUCAUGUUUCAGCGACGACGCUGGAAUGGCGCAAAUUGGCAACGGAGUUGGGGCUGGAUGUUACGGACAGGAGUGCCGCAGGUGUCGCGUACGCUCUCAAGUCUGCUUUCCUAAAGUACCUAGCUGCUUGGGAGAUACAGACCAUUCACAACAAAGAGCCACCGCCACCGCUCAUUCUUGAACAUGAGUCUGCAAAAGGAGGUGGUCUUCUGACCCGCACACUCGAAAACUAUACGCCAAAGAAGGCCGUUCCCGCUGCCGCCCGAGCUCCCAGCGUAGCAGCAUCUGCUUCUGAGACCGACGAGACGCCCGCGCGCAAGGAGACUCCACGGGCCGGUGGCACCACGCGAAGUCUCCGCGUUGCGCCGCCCCAACGAGUGAUAUUCCAGCCAGACACGGGCCCGUCUAGACAGACGCGCCAUGCGGCAGCACCAGCUCAGCAGCCGGCUCAGCCGCCGCCCGCUGCCAAUACGCCGCCUGCUCAACAGUCCAAGACCCAAUUUCAGCCCCCACCGCAUUCCCAUCCGGCACCGAUCGCGGGCCAUCCUCAGCCAGGCCAUCCCCCACCUCACAUGGGCAACCAAGUUCGUGGACCAUCUGUAACCUACAGCCCGCAGGAUCCAGACCUUAUGUCAGCCCUGGUUCAGAACUUUGAGCCCCGUCUCGAGUCACCAAUGCAGAUGCGACCGGUUGAGACGCCAGCAAACAACCCUGUCGAGUUUGAGCGGAGACGGCGACAGGAGAGGUUCAAGGCCGCUGGCAUGAAGUCCGGGCAGUUGGCAAUACGGCCACCACCUGGAACAACUGUCUUCGAGGGCCCUAACAUUUAUAUGCGCUGCUUAUGUGCCCUUCGGUCUGGAAUCCCAUCUGAGCAAGCAUAUGCUUUGCAUCACCUAGUCAAGAUUUCUUUUGAGCGUGGUGACAAGUUCAAGUUCGAAACCUUUGCUGGACUUGCCGAGGGGCUUGUGGAAAAGGCUCUCGAGGUGGGCGGCUUGUACUUUGACGUGAACUGGACUGUUGACUACAGCGGGGACCCGGAUGAGUGUGAUCCCGAAGUACUCGAUGGACUGAACGGCACCCCCGACAUCCUCGAUCGGAUCGCCAAACUCCAACCCAAGACUUAUCUGGACAACAUCCAGCCUGCCGACGCUGCAGACCGAAUGGUACACGUGACCGAGGCCGUACUGACUAUCCGCAACAUGGUCACGCUGCAGGAAAAUGCGGUGCUCAUGGCUGACUUCAAUGUGCUAAGGGACCUUAUCUGCAUCAUUCUCCAUUUGCCCAACAGCGACACGGUAGUUGAGAUCAAACAUCUCGCACUGGACAUCGCCGAGCAGAUUGCUCCUUAUAUCGUCCUGGACACGGUUGACCCGCUGUACCAGACCCUGCUUGCACAGCUUCAUUCUACGGACCGCGGAAUGAUCCUUACAUCUUUGCGAGCUAUCGCGCGACUCUCAAUCAAUCUGGGCGAGACCAGCCAGCUUCAUGACGUUCCAGCAAGCAUACUACAGAACAUCAUGGACUGGCUACUGUUGAACGACGACGAAAUGAUUGACGCCUGUUUGGACUUCCUGUACACUUACACAUCGCAUUUCGUCAACGUGGAAACUUUGCUCAAGGACGUCAACGCCGGACACCUUGUCAACCACCUCGUCAGGCUUUUGUCCCACGGCGCAAAGAAGUUUCAACGAGAGGUGGUCCUGGAGAAAGAGAGCAAGCUACCCUCUACCGACUUUGUACAACCUGUACCGGAGGAUCUUCGCCAGCAGCUUCUAGCAAUGGAGGAGCCUGAGAGGUGUUAUGCAUGGCUCAAAUGCUUGUUUGAAGAGGAUUCCGAGUCCGCAAUAACACAAAUUGCUAUAUGGCAAGCAUUCCAAGCAGCCCUCAGCUUUCCGUUGCAGCAAAUGUCCAGACCAAUGAUGGGUGCGGCGGAGUUCAUUAGGAACGUCUCGCAUGUCUUCACGCAUGCUGGGGCCCAAAUCGUCAAGGAGCAAGGUGAGCGCGGCGAGAUUCAAAGGUUUAUCAUCAAGGGUGUGAGACCGCGCACCCGACCCAUUGCUCAAGACGGAACGGAAUACAUGCCAUGCAUGUGGAGGAUACCGGUCCCUCGCAACCCGAACGAUCCCAAUGCGCCACUGCGAGUUGUCAACUGUGGCCAGCACUUCCUAACUCCCGAGAAGAUGUACAAUCACAUUAUUGAGGAUCACCUGAAAGAGUCCCGCGAUCCUACUGGGAAAUUUAUGGCCAAGGAGCGCGACCUGUUCUGCGCAUGGGGAAAUUGCAACAAAUACCCUCGCCCGCACAAGAUGCAGCUUUCUACCUUGAUGAACCAUGUCAAGACACAUUGCGCUGCGGCGCAGCAAAAUUCGAUAGUCUCCAUCAACAUAGAUGGCCGACGCCCCAGACGUACCUUUAUUGCGCGGCCCGCCAAGACGAUUAACGUCUCUUUCGAGGAAACAGCAGCGGUGCGCGAUGAGCGUUCGAACCAGGCACAGGCUGCUGGAAUUCCGCUAAGUUCGGCACUUGUCCUGCGCAACAUCGCCCGAAACGUGAGCAAGUCUGACGGGGGCGUGGAAGACUCAUCACCCGAGGGCGGAGAUGCUAGUGGCAAGACGCUCGAGCUGCUGUUCCGUCCAGUUACUGCCAGACUUUGUGAGGUUAUGAUGAAAAACUGGCUCCUUGCGCCUUACGUCACGCAGAUCUUGGAGAUUACGCGGGACAACUAUUAA